AUGAUCAAUUCAAUUACAAUAACAAAUCUUAAUGGAAAUGUUAUAUUUUCAAAGUAUUAUAAUACAACAAUCGAAGAGAAACAAUUAGAGUUUGAAAAAUCAUUGUAUCAACUAACUAAAGAUGAAUGGAUCUAUGCAAAGAGUGAAAGACAUCUAGUUGCUGAUAUUGGUGGUAGCAUCGUUGUAUAUACAAAUAUAGGUGAUUUAAUGAUAUUCUUAGUUGGUUCUUCAGAUGUUUAUGAUGAAUUAUCUUUAUCGGAUGUAAUGCAUCCAAUCUCUGAAUGUAUUAAAGAUGUUUGUAAGAAGAAAGGUGUUACUGAAUUGUAUCUUAUUGAACAGAUACCAAAGUUUGUAUUAUAUUUAGAUGAAGUCAUUCAAAGAGGUCACUUGGAUCAAAUUCAAUUCGAAAGUAUUUCAAACUAUAGUUUAUUGAAACAUGACAAGAAAGAAACUGUAUAA